AUGACGGCGACAGACGAUGAAAUGUUCGGGGCCGAGUCCCCCACGGUGUCUGACUCGGGCUCGGACGCUGUAAAGAAGGAGGAAGGCAGCAAAAAGCGCAAGCUCAGCAGCAGCAAGAAGAGCAAGAAGAGCAAGAAAAAACACGCCCGACGGUCUGGCCACGACGACGACGACGACGAGCAGGAGAAGAACCCAACAUCCUCGUUCAUCGACGACAUGGCGUCCGAGAGUGAUGACGGAGGAGCUGGUGAUGGCUCGGACAACGACGACGAGGACGAGGACGAUGAUGGAGAAGACCACAACGAAUACGAGAACGAUGGAUUUGUGGUCGACGAUGAGGACGAGAACUCGGACGGGAGAGACACGGCUCGCCAUCGUCGCCGUCGACGGAAGAAAGAGAAGAAGCUGAAACGUCUGAAACAAAAGGUCGAGGAGAUUGACGACGAGGAUUUGCUGCUCGUGCGCGAAAAUAUGGGCAUGGACACGGGACCAACACGCAGUGAUAGCGAAGAUGAAGACGUGGGACGUUCGUCCCGAAAAGUCAAGAACGAAGACGACUCUGGACUCAUGUCGCGUGAGCUUAGUUAUCGUAUGUUUGGCGAUUCGGAUGAAGAAGAGGAAAGCUCAGCGCCACAGCGCGCAAAUAAUUAUCUUGGUAACGACGAAUACGAGAGUGACGACAUAGACGAGUUCAUUGUAGACGACGACGAAGAAGGGCGUGAGGGCCCACGUCGGCGCAGGAAACAGGAACCGAUCCCAGCGUCGAUGCAGGGGCCGUCGGUAUACCAGAUGGGAGAAGCUGAAGAGCUGUUCGGAGACAUGGAUGGUUUUUUGGAAGCGGCGAGUGGUCGAAUUCCCGAUGACGCACCUGUGAAGUCAAGGAAAGCCAUUCUGCUUGAGAAGUUCGAGCCAAGUGUGUUAAAAGAACACAUGAUGACUUCGGAUGUGAUUGCAGUGCGUGACACCGAUUUGCCGGAGCGUUAUCAGUAUAUCUACCAAAUUCGCAAUUUCCCUGAUGCAGAGGAUCGCGCCGAGGAGUCGGAGUGGAUCAGUGACUAUAUCAUUAGGAACCUUGAGCGAAGAAAUCAGCGCAACUCUGCUGCAUCGCGGGGUGAGAUUGUGUCAGCAAUUGACACGGUACUGCGCUUCUAUCAUGACGAGAAGCUCGAGCCGGCGUUCGUUCAGCGCUACUGCAAGGAGUAUUGGAAAGUCGUGGGCUUGCAUACAGAAAAUCUGUAUGAAAUUCUUGACCUCGACGUUAAGUGGGACAAGUUGGAGCGCAAGCGUAGGUCUUUUCAGAGUGGCAUCCAGCGUGUGGUCGACUCCUCCAAUGCAAAGGAGUCAGCUUUUGUGCGCAAGUGCUACGAGCAACUAUUCCACACACCUGAUGAAAAGACUUACAAGGAUUUGUCAGAGUUUUUCGCUCUCGACGCACAGGAAUCAAGCGGUCAGGAUAAAGAGGGCACAGAUCACAAGUACCGCCGUCCAGUACGCCGUACAUUCUACCAGAUCUGUACAAAGGCAGGCUUGCGUCCAUUGUCCCUCGCGUUUACGAUGAAUGCGUCCGUGUUGGGUGGCAUAGUGGCAGGCGUGGAGCACGACGACUCGAUACGUAGUGUUCCUACUCCGGAAGAUAGUCCUGGCGUUUUAGCCCAAAAGUAUACGACGAAAGAGUUUCCAACCGUGGAUGAUGUGAUGAAAGGUGCGCGUCACAUUGCCGCCAGCAAAGUUGCAGCUGAGCCCAACGUCCGAAAGUGCAUUCGUGAGCUUUACCGCCAGAACGCUGUUAUGAGCACAGAGGCUACCGCCAAGGGCCGUGAAGAAAUUGACGAGUUCCACUACUGUCAUGGCUUGCAGUACAUUGAAAAGAUGCCGGUGCUCGAGGUCUUUGAAGCAGGUGAUCUGUGGUUGAAGAUUGCCCGAGCUGAAAAAGAAGGGCUGCUAACGAUUUUGAUCAUUAACGAAAAAGCUCAGGAUUUGAUGGAUCCGUUAGAGCCCAUCUACAUGUUACCAAGCAACGAUUCGGACGAGGAAUGGCAGAGUCAACGUCAUCUUGUUCUUCAGGAGGCGAUCAACAGUUUUAUGGUAUCGUCGUUUGAAAACGAACUGAAACGGGAUCUGACGGUGGCUUCUCGCGACGUCAUCGUAAAAGUAUGCGGUAAUGCGCUACGAGAACGGCUAUCUGUGCGUCCAUAUGAGCCAGCCGAUGGCGUGGAUCCGUUCGUUGUUUCGAUCUGGGUUGAGGGUAGUAUGGACUCGAUCGCACAAAUUGUGGCUCUCGAUGUGAAUGGAGAAGUAGUGGACAAGACGGAAGGGUACUGCAAACGAGAUGUGAACAGUAUUCAGAAGUUGUCUGCCACGUUACUAAAGUUCUUGACUGAGCAUGCACAAACGCAUGUCGUGGUCAUCAAUGUGUCGGCUGGUAUGAAGUGUAUGGAUAUGGGUGGCGUAGUUGAUGAGGUUCGGCGUUUGUUGGGUCGAGAUGAUGCUUCUCGUUUCGGAAAUGGCGAUGGCCACGAUUUCUUGGACAUUGUUUUCUUGAAAGAUGACGUCCCAAGCAUGUUCAGUCGCUCUACUCGAGCAGAUCAGGAAUUUCCUGAGGAAUCGGAAUAUGUGCGGGCUGCAAUUGGUCUUGGCCGUUAUCUCAGGAAUCCUGCGUCCGAGCUCUGUGCAAUGUGGGGGAAUGUUGCGCUGAACGAACCUAGCCGUGGCCGCGAAUUGCUUUUCCUGAAUGUUCACAUGAUGCAGCACUCUCUGGUGAAGGACCUUUUGCUGAAGGAAUACGAUCGCGUGUUCGUCCAGAUGAUCAAUAAGUACGGUGUUGAUAUUAACUUAUUAGCUAACCACAAGCAUACGUCGUAUCAGCUGCAGUUUAUCUGCGGUAUGGGUCCUGUUAAGGCAGCGUCCGUACUGGAUAAAGUUCGGGCAAAAAAUUACGUCGAGCGACGUCAGGAGCUGCUAUCAAAGGGGUUCAUGGGCAAAAUCGUAUAUCGCAACUGUGCUGGUUUCAUCCGAAUUCGAGAGCGUGAUGCAUUGCGUGAAGCUCCUCUGAAUCCGCUGGAUGAUACGCGUAUCCAUCCGGAAAGUUAUUACAUGGCGGUGAAGAUAUGUGGUGACGCUAACAAUAACUCGACCAUUGAUAUGUACGACCCAAAUCAUUAUUCCUACGCGGUGGAAGACACGAUGUACCAGUCAGCGUCUGCGAUUCGCAGCCGAAAUGCUCCCCCUAACACUCGCCUCGGGGAUGCAGAAAUUCAGGAUGUGCUGUCUGAGCUGGAUCUGUCUGCAUAUGCGGGGCGCUUAGAGCUGCAAAAGAAGGGCCCCAAGUUGCUGACGCUUGAGUACAUAAAGCGAGAGCUGCGAUACCCUUACUUUGAUAAGCGCGGCAAGUAUCAGGUGCCGAAGGAUGAAGACUUGUUUUUCUUGCUCAAUGGUGAAACACGAGAGACGCUGCGUGUCGGAAUGAUCGUGCCUGCUUCACUGUUACAUAUGUCAGGCGACGACUUUGUUCGCGUUCGUUUGCAGAGCGGCAUGCGUUCAAGUUUGCAGCGCGAGCACUUACCGGACUAUUUGAUCGACGUGCGCCCUCAGAGCUUUCCAAAGGGUAUUACAGUCAAUGCCAAGAUUCUGGAUAUUCAAGCGGACCGUGAAGGGCGCUUCGAGCUGAAGCUCGGUUGUAAUCGCCGUGCGCUGAUCGACAUGUCGAUGUGCUUCUAUCCGGAGCGCUUUCCACGAUACACAAAUGAAAAGCUGGUUGAAAGCGAUAGCAUGGAGCGUGUUGAUCGCCUACUGAAUGAACCGCCUGUUGAUGAAGACAAAGCAAUGGCGUUCGCUCAAGCUGCUCGUGGACCAGGCAGUCAUGCGUCACGACGUAAAAAGCGACAGAUCGCGCACCCAUUGUUCCGUAACAUAAACUGCCAAGCUGCUGUGCAGUAUCUGCGCGAACAACCCGUCGGAGAAGUGGUUCUUCGCCCUAGCACCUUUGGCUCGGACCACCUUACGCUAACUUGGAAGAUGCUGGAUGGUGUGUAUCGUCACUUUGAUAUUCAAGAACGAGACAAACCAUCCGAAGCUCGUAUUGGCCAGACGCUGAUUAUCAAGGAAGAGAAGUACGAGAACAUCGACGAGCUGAUUGCUCGUUUCGUGGACCCUAUGAACUGUUUGGUGGAUGAUGUGGUUCGUUACAAGUACUACAAUAGCGCUUCGAAGGAAAGUGUUGAGGAGGAUCUGAUUAAGCAGAAGAAAGAGUACCCGUCGCGGAUUCCGUACGCUCUCCAUGUAUACACCAAGUUCCCGGGCUGCUUCUCGAUCUCGUACAUUGCGCGUGAAACGCCUCGCAGUUGUCACUUGGAGGUAAAGUCAGGAGGCUAUCGGUUCUUUGGUCGUAUUGAGUCGUCCAUCUUGCCGACGCUGUCUCAGGCGCUACAGUUUUUCAAGAUGAAGGCGUUAGUUGUUGCAUCGUCGAAAUCCUCCCGCCCAGGUUCAUACCAACGCAACGACAUCAAGAGUGGGCCAUUCGCUCAACGUCCGGGCGCGCCUUACUCAGGCAGUGGCGGUCGUCCUCGUCAGAGCUCGCGUUGGGAUGAUCGCCGUAGCGGUGAUAUGGGAGGCCGUCGUUGGUAA